UAAUGUUUUGUUUGGGUGUGAAACCUUUAGCCUCUCCAGGGAAAUCAGUGUGGGAACAACAUCCUGCUGCCUGGUAACGAGCUCCUUUAGCGGCAGGAAAGCCGGGCUAAUGAAGGGUUUUGGUUGGCCAUAUGACAGCGUCAGGUGUUAGUGGCUUGUUUGACAGUUACCGUUUGCUGUGGGGUGAUUUUGCACCCAUUUGGGGUCGUUAGUGGCAGAGCGAACAUCCAGGAUGUCGCAGGUUACCGGGAUGGUGUUUGAUCAGAUUAGGCACUAUUUCUAUCAAAAUCUCUCUGGAAACUGGAUAGUCAGGGAUGAGGAGGAGCUUGUGUUUCACAAUGAUGAGCUGAAAAUUGAGGAUUUUAAGGUCCUCACACUCCUUGGUAAAGGCUCAUUUGCGUGUGUUUACCGAGCAAAAUCCAACAAGACUGGACUGGAGGUUGCUAUCAAAAUGAUUGACAAAAAAGCAAUGCACAAAGCUGGUAUGGUCCAGCGUGUGACUAACGAAGUGGAGAUUCACUGCAGAUUAAAACAUCCAUCCAUACUUGAGCUCUACAACUACUUUGAGGACAGCAACUAUGUGUAUCUGGUGUUGGAGAUGUGUCACAACGGAGAGAUGAGUCGAUACCUUAAAGAACGAAAGAUGCCUUUCUCUGAGGAUGAAGCGAGACAUUUCAUGCAUCAAAUAGUAAAAGGCAUGCUGUAUUUACAUACUCACGGCAUCUUGCACCGCGAUCUGACCUUAUCCAACCUUCUGCUGACCAGCGACAUGAACAUUAAGAUCGGGGACUUUGGCCUCGCUACUCAGCUCAAGCUGCCAAAUGAAAAGCACUUCACCAUGUGUGGGACGCCCAACUACAUCUCCCCGGAGGUGGCCACUCGCAGCGCGCACGGCCUGGAGUCGGAUGUGUGGUCGCUAGGAUGCAUGUUCUACGCCUUCUUGAUGGGUCGGCCUCCGUUUGACACGGACACAGUCAAGCACACCUUGUCUAAAGUGGUUCUUGGGGACUAUGAGAUGCCAUGCCACGUUUCUUUAGAGGCUCAGGACUUGAUCCAUCAGUUGCUGCAGAAGGACCCCACUCUGCGGCCCAGCCUCUCUGCAGUGCUGGACCACCCGUUCAUGACCCAGAGCCUGCUGGUCAGGACCAAAGAGUUGAGGCUGGGAGAUGAGGGGUCCAUAGACAGUGGCAUUGCUACCAUCUCCACGGCAUGCACCUCCUCCACCUCAGGCAGCAGUGGCUCCCGUCUCCACAGGCGAACUAAACACAUGAUUGGUUCCGCUCUACCCAAUCGCAUGGCACCUAUUUCAGUUCUUCCACGGCAAGCUAACAGCGGAUGCUUUGAUGACAGAGAGCAGCUGCAGGAUAGUUUUUACAGGGAUGGAAGGAGCAGGGCAGCUUAUGGGGGAGACGGCGGACAACCUCUUUCUCGGUUCCUGAGGAGGGCUCACUCGUCUGAACGCAGCAAUUCUUCUGCACCGGGACACGCUUCAUCUCAGGUUGAGCUGACAAGAUGUCAUUCUGAGGAGACGCUGACUGGUGUAGGGCUGCCCAUCUUCCCAAGUCCCCUCCCAUUUCCAGAGCAUGGCAGGCUUCCCUCCCCUCCAGUCAAACAAUCUGCUAACUCUGGUUAUCUAUCAACAGAGCCGGCACUGGAAGGAGUUUCUAAUUGGCUGAACACUGAAGAUAUAGGUCAGAGAUCCACAGAUGGCAGCACUCACAGCAGCAGAGGACCUUUAGGGGUACACAGUUCCUGGUCAGAGCCAGUGGGACGAGGAACGCACCCUUACCACAACAAGCUUCCCGCCAACCCCGACUCCCAUAGAGAGACCUCACACGGAGCAGAGUUCCAACCUCAUCACAGCAAAUCCAGCACAGAGAAGCAGAAGAAAACCCUCCCAGACAUCGUCCCUCCUCUGUGUGCGUCCAGGCUCAAGCCCAUCAGGCAGAAAACCAAAAAUGCAGUAGUGAGCAUCCUGGACACAGGUGAAGUGUGUAUGGAGUUAGUAAAAAGUCAAAACGGACAAGAACGAGUGAAAGAAGUCCUACGGAUUUCCUGUGAUGGACUGAUGGUGACCAUCUACCAGCCCAAUGUGGGAAAAGGUUUCCCGGUGCUCGACUGCCCCCCAGCUCCACCCGAAGAUAUACUCAUCUGCAGCUACCAGGACCUUCCAGAGAAAUACUGGAAGAAGUACCAAUACGCCACCAAGUUCGUACAGCUCAUAAAAUCCAAGACUCCGAAAGUCACGCUUUACACCAAAUACGCUAAAGUGAUGCUGAUGGAAAACAGUCCCAACGCCGACCUGGAAGUCUGUUUUUAUGAUGGAGCAAAAACCCACAAGACGUCCGAACUGGUGCGAGUGGUGGAGAAAAGUGGGAAGUCGUACACAGUGAAGGGGGAGGUGGGACUGAGCGGCUUGAGUCCAGAGAGCAGGAUGUACGUGGAGCUGUCCGAGGAGGGCUAUAGCAUGUGUUUGUCACUAGAGGCCGCUAUAACAGCAGAGGAGCAGCGGAGCACCAAGAAAGUCCCUUUCUUCCCCAUAACUAUUGGCCGGAGACCUGCCAGCUCAGACUCUCCAUCCACGGUGCCUGUGCCAUCACAGCAGAUGCGUCCAGAUGCAGCUUCACCUCCUAAACCCCCACAAAUAACUCCUUCAAUGAUUUCCUACGACGGUUCUGAUUUCACCACCGCCAGCCUGAAUAAGAAAUGUCCUCCAACGCAACAGGAAGUGGUUCAGAACACAGGAAAGGUGGUUAAGUCCAUUUUUGUGCCUAAUGUUGGAUGGGCGUCCCAGCUGACGAGUGGAGAAGUGUGGGUGCAGUUUAACGACGGCUCUCAGCUGGUGGUUCAGGCAGGCGUUUCCUGCAUCACGUACACGUCACCAGAGGGGAGGAUCACAAGGUAUAAGGAAAACGAGAAGUUGCCAGAGCACGUAAAGGAAAAGCUGCACUGUCUCUCGACGAUUCUCGGACUGCUGGCAAACCCAUCAGCACGCCACCUCCCAACUCAUUAACACAUCCUGCAAAGAAACUAGCAUUAGAUACCUUCAUGAGCCCCUAUUCUUUACUGUUCUUGUAAAUAUACCCUCUAAUGUGUUGGUCGUUUUUACGUGUACAGAUUAUUAUUAUAAGAGUUUUAUUUUUAAUAUGUGACUGUUGUACAGUGUCUAAAACAACCCGUUAGAUAAGUUUCCUUGUUUUUAUGUCUUAAAAGCAAUGAACUGAGUGGAUGUGACUAGAAUAAACAUCUAGAGGCUGGGUGGAGAUACUUGGCACCCUGA